AUGAAUAAUAAUAAAAGUGCCAUCUAUCCCGGAACCCCUUCUUCACUUUCUCAUAAAACAUCAGUUUCAUUUACUUUAUCUGAAAAAAAAAUAGACAAAAAUAAUAUUGCCUAUUUAUUGGAUUCGUUUAAUUCAAUUGAAACUUUUAAUAAAAAAGAAAAACAUGAUAGUAAUGGCAGUAACAAUUUGACAUCAGGAAAUGCUGAUGGUAGUGAUAAAAACAACAUAGUCAAUUUAUUGAAUUCAUUUACUGAUUUAUUAGAUAAAAAGACAGACAAUGACAAAUCAAAAAAAAAACACAGUGGUAGUGGCAGCAAAAAUUCGAAUGCAUCAGAAAAUGUUGAUGGUAGUGAUAAAAAUAACAUGGUCAAUUUAUUGGAUUCAAUUGCUGAUUGUUUUGAUAAAAAAACAGCUAAAUCAAAAAAAGAACAUGGUAGUGACAGAAGCAAUUGUUAUAAAAAUAAUAUCUUCUAUCUUGAUGAAAAAAUAGACAAUGAUAAACAACAUUUUAUUUUUUAG